AUGUCGUCACCUAGCGCCUUGGCGAAAUGUGUUGCCUCCUACCACGGUACCCCACCACAUCUAAUCCCUCGGGUGAUCCUCAGCACAAAGAUACUCCCUAGAAUCAUCUUGGUGACUGCCUGUCCAAAAUCUGGUUUAAUCGAUCUACCAUUCGAGUUAUUGUAUGCUAUAGCCAAAGGCCUAUGCGGUACCAACGAUAUACUCAACCUCGCGAGGGUCAACAAAAAUGUUAGCCGUGUCACUCGGGAGGCUUUGAUCAAGGAACUCGUAAUCCCAAGGAACCACAUCAAGAAACUCCUCGAGACGCUGAUAAAACACCCUGGGCUCAUUGAGAAGGUCAACAGCGUAAACUUCAGAGAUUACGGAUGUGGCCACCACACUGAAUGCCUUUGUUUAGGCCUGCCAAACUUCGAUCCGAAUACCUUGAAGUUCUUAGGGAAAUCUAUUGCAGUCAGCACGAGAGGCGAUGUCAACUGGAAUGAAAUUCGACAAGGCAAGCGUAGCUCAGGCCCAGUCUGGCGUAAGAGUAACGCUUUCUUUAUGGACAUAGUGAUAUCGUUGUGUCCAAACAUUAAAUCGAUAACACUUGAACUCCCAGAGGCGAGGGCGUUCGACACUGGUAACCCACCACGUCCAGUCAAUCUAGCCCCUGCCAAACUGCCUGCUCUAAAUGAAGAGUUGUUACCCGUUACCCCAUUCCAAGGUCCAGCCCUCCGCUUAAUGCAGAAGAAUCUUGAAGUGCUCAUCAUUCUAGAAAACUCACGGUGGAAAGGCCCCGCCAAGACUGAGAUGUUGAGAUCUCCUCAUGAUCUGCCAUGGAGAAAUAUGGGAAGGCAUACUAUCACACUGCCCGGGUUCGCGAAGCUGAAACGCUUAGAUUUGCCCAUGGAUGCGCUUGGUCUGCCACUGAGCAUCCGAUUCCUAGGCCCAAUAAGCCCUGCUCUAUGUGCAGAGGCUGCUACCAAAGAUUCCGGCAAGAGUCAUGAGGAUAUCGCCUUCCAUCGAGCCCAUUCGCCUUUCAAAAUCCUUCCAAAUACUUUGACACAUCUACACCUCCGGUCCUGCGGCCGACAAACGUUCGCUCUCUUGCAGAAAGUCAAUGAAAUUCCAGUACAGAGGCUGAAUAUCGUGUGCAUUGAGCUCUUCUUCAAAACCCGACCUCGAACUAGCAUCGCUCAAUGCUACGUGGCUGACGAGGGAAAACUCAACUACCCUUUGAUCCUCACUGAGCUAGCCGAUAAAGGCGUCAAAGUCGCCUUCUACACUGGACCGACUGAGAGGCUCUUCGAUAUGCAUAAAGAGCUUGUGGGACUAUCUUACUUGUCGCCCCUUGAAGCAUGGCGUUUUGCCCUAUCGGGUAGGCAAUUUUCGGAGCUAGACACAAAAGCGAGCAUGCGGCGCCGCUCAUCGAUUCUAAGCAGCCAACUACUUAUGAAUACACCUACAUUUGACGGUUCGUGUUGGGCAUCCGUUGUUUUCUUCCACGGCAUUCGAAACACAAAGUGGGACCCAAACAUCAUGCCUCAAGUAGUACGGCGACUUCAAACUUUGCCAGGUACCAACGUAGACUUAGCUCAGUUCGAGUUCAACUUCCAAAUCACGGUCAAGUUAGAGGUUGCGCCUAGCAACAUACCUCAUCAAGAAAGGCUCCAGCGCAGUGAAAAGUCGAAGAACGACCCGAAACGUGGUAGGCGGACCGACAAUCGCAUGAAAAAGUCAAACAAGGAAUCUGAUCAGACCCUAAAGCAGCAUGUGGCAAAGCUACGCCUAGCAGACAACGUCGAAAUGAGCGCCCUCCGCCACACUUUAGGUUACGAGCACUCAAAGUUCGAUGAUAGAUUGUGGUCGUGCUUCAACUGGAAAUUUUGGCUCCGACCGCAUCGGAGUGUGUGGGGCCAGAACGAUAGCCUUUGAUUUCUGGAUCCUGCCUGUGCGGUGCUGAUAAAACACAGUAUGGAAGGCACACAUUCAGUGAGAGGCUAUACGAACAAUUUAUGCUGACCAGCAUACUCAAAACGCAUGUCAAUUUGCGGACUAGCCGUCAUACUUUAGAGUGCUAGGGGCAUCUCGUGGGGCAGGUCAAGACUACGCCAUGUCUAGUCGAGCGAAAUUGAGAUGGUCACGAGCG